AUGACCACGCAAUUGCUGGCCACGGAGCUGGCGAAUCUCAUUCAGGAGAGCAAGCGGAAACACAAUGACUUACGACUGGCAGCGGAAAAAUCUCUGGAAGACCUCAGAAAUUUGAGAAACACUUCGGAGCAGGGUGCGCCUGAAGAGCUCGCGACCAGGGUCAACUUUGUCAAUCCUUUCAUCAUCGCAUGUGGUACCAAGAAUGCAAAGUUCACUGCCAUUGCCAUUGUCUGCCUGCAGCGACUCAUUGUCGCGCGGGCCCUGCCGCGCUCGAAGCUUAAUCAGGUCCUCGAGGCGUUGAUGCAGGCAUCGUCCGCCGGUGCUCUUGAUGUCCAGCUCAAAAUUCUGCAAGCUCUUCCAUCGCUGCUGCAGAACUACUCCAGCGACCUGAAGGGUGACUUACUGGUGAAUGCCCUCAACAUCUGUUUCACUCUGCAAAGUAGCAAGAAUGCCAUCGUCAACAACACCUCGGCGGCGACCCUGCAGCAACUUGUCGUCUCUGUUUUCGAUAAGGUUGUUGUGGAAGACAGUGGGUCUCGCGUCCCUCGUGAUCAAAAGGUUAUGCUAAAGCGGCCAGAAAGCGGAAAGGAUAUUUCCACAGCUGGGGUUGCGCCAACAUCUGAUGGCGAAGUGGAACUCGGCACCGCUGCUCUCGAUGCCUACCGAAUCUUCAACGAUCUCUGUCUCCUGACAGAGAACCAAAGACCCGAGUUCCUGCGCUUCCAAGGCUUGCCGCAAACCUUUGGACUGGAGUUGAUAGAAUCAGUCAUCACCAACCAUGCCUCUGUAUUCACCAGUCACCCGGAGCAAGUGUACGUGCUACGGAACAGGGUUAUGCCGCUUAUUUCGAGCGCUCUCAAGGGUAGACCGUCAUUCGCCACGACUGUUCGCCUAGUGCGGAUCCUAUACACCAUGCUACGGCGACAUAUCAACGUCUUGCCUGCGGAAUGUGGAGAGGCAUUGGGUAUCUUGACUGGUCUGCUAGACCAGGACGCGACACUAUGGAAACGGGCGCUUUGUAUGGAAGUAUUCCGCGGGAUUUUCGCCGAUCACAGUCUUUUACGUCGCAUCUACGCUCUCUACGACGCACAAGAAGGGGAAAGGGACGUCUUGAAGAAUUUGUGUGCCAGCUUUGUCCGCCUCAGCACCGAAAAGCCAGCCGUCAUCGGUCUUGGGCAUCAGUCGUCAGUGCCAGCCGCUGCCCCCCAAGAACCGGCCCAAGACCAGGCAGUACUGGAGGCGAGCGGAAUUACAGGGAUCAUCAGCAGCGGGACGACCUCAGAGGGACCGCAAACUGGAAUCAGCACCAAAUGGAGUACUAUUCGUGUGCCUUGCAUUGACCAACUCGACAAGACGGAACCGCCGGCCGUACCAGAGUCUUACACCUAUAGCCUUAUCUUGUCUUGCAUAUCAUCGCUGUCCGACGGACUGGCCAAGUUUGUUCUGCCUCUGACAGUCACCAACGAAGCUCGCAACAGGAGAAAGGCGGCGAAGCAUGAGGAAGAUGCGGAUUCGCCCGCCGCGGAUACAGAAUCAGGAGGGAAGUCGGAGAGGUCAGCGUCGUUUAAGAAGAAUCCCUUACCCGUCAACCCCUUGAGACAGGAGGAUCAUCCGAUGCACUCGGAAGUCAAGAUCUGCGCUGCUCUUGUCGAUGAGUGCUGGCCCGCUAUCCUGGCCACAUGCUCGACAUUCCUGUAUGCAGCCAUGGACUCGGAGUACUAUCAUGGCCUAGUGCGCGCUUUCCAACGCUUUGCACACGUUGCCGGGCUUUUGCAGCUUGCCACGCCCCGAGAUGCUUUCCUGACAACGCUGGGAAAGGCUGCCGUGCCGCCCAACGUGUUCACCGCUUGUCUCACGGCUGGCCAGCGCCCGGGAGCUGGAAGCUCGGCGGGUGACGGCUCGUCGAGCAUCUUGAGUAACGCGCGUGGCUUGCUGAGCACCGAUAACCUGUCUACACCGACGGCAGAGAAGCGUCAACCAUCGUUCGAUGCUCAGAUGGCCAUGCUCAACACGCGCAACUUGCUAUGCUUGCGAGCGCUUCUCAACCUCGGUAUCGCUCUUGGGCCGACUCUCAGUAGCGCGUGGCGAAUCGUGUUGGAAACUUUGCAGCAGGCUGACUUUGUUCUAUUCUCAAGUGCGAAAACGCCUGGAAGAACACCAUCUAUUUCCCGAGGCCAUGACAGCUCCGGAGAUCAAGAGGGAGGAUCUCUGACGGCGAACUUUGGAAAUGAGGUGCGAGCUGUCGAAACAGCGGCUUCUCGGCUUAUGGAGAGCACCGUCGACUUUCCUAACGAGUCCUUUCUCCAGGUCGUCCAGGCGAUUCGCCGGUUACUGCAGCGAAGUGCAGCCGAUAAACCAGGUGCAAACCGGCAGCCGUCUAGUCAAGCGAACGAGAAGACGCCAGCGCUACAGGCGCCUGGCCAACACCGACGUGUGUCGAGUUUCGCAACUGCGUCCUCUGGGCCCUCGACGCAGGAAGACCAAUUCGCCCUGGUCAAGUUGGGGGAGGUUGCCAGUAUCAACAUUGAGCGCCUGCUCGCGUACCCCCCUGAAGAAUCGGGCUGGACCUUGAUUGUGGAGGGGCUCGUGGAGAAUCUCAACUCAAAGAUAGACGCUACCUCAGUCCGCACCAGAGCGGCGGAGACAUUGGCAAAACUGAUGCUGGAGACGGCCAACCUGACCGAAUCAUUGCCUGAGGAAGCCCGGGGCCCCGUGCAGCUCCGCAUGCUGCAGGCGUUGAGCUCUGCAGUGGAGCCCUUUCAAGAAGAAGAUCGCGAGGUCUCGGUGGCCGUCCGCGCCGUCGACGUCAACAUCCAUCGCAUCAUUCUUGACGGCCUCAAGAGUAUCGUGGAAGGAUGCGGCGAGAGCUUGGUCAGGGGCUGGGAGGUUGCCUUUGACAUUAUCGGCAGUGUGUUCAUCCUGAAAGAGACGGCGGGGAACGAGAGGGCUGCGACUGAUCCCACCCUUAUCAACACACGGUCGCCCAAGUUGGACGACGAUUUGAAUAUCGCACUGACAACCGUCACCUUCUUCUGGGUCCUAUCCGACUUUCUCUCCAGCAAGAGUGAAUCACUGGAGAUCACCGCAGAGCUUAUGGAGGAGAGCGAAGCAUCAGAUCUCACCAAGAAGGCCUCUGAUCACAGCCACAAGGCAUCGGUGCCUGCGCUCUGGAUGCUCUUGCUGCUGCGCUUAACAGCAGUAGCCUCCGACGACAGACUUGAGCUUCGCAACAGCGCCAUCCAGACGCUGCUGCGCAUAUUUGAUGCGUACGGGGAUCGACUGAGUCCUGAAACGUGGCUCAUUUGCGUCAAGUCCGUCGUGUUCAGACUUCUCAUUGCUUUGCAAGUGGAGCUCGAAGCAGCGCAACAGGGCGCAGGAGAUUGCAGCGAGUUGAGCGACUGGACCGGGACUGCCGUCGUGGUGCUCGACGGCAUUUCCACCUUGUUGGCUGACUAUCUCGAGGUGCUUCUGCAAAGCCCUGGCUUCGGCAAGCUUUGGAAUGAUCUCUUUGACCAUUUGGCGAGUAUGCUCGAAUUCGAGAUUUUGGACAUUGACACUGCCACCUACAAAGCCCUGUCACGAAUCUUGUCCCGAGCCAACAGCAAAGGCGGCCCAACCUUGAGCCCCGAGAAUAUCGAGCGAGCUUGGAGUACCUGGUCUCGCAGCAUUCCGGCAUCGAGUCUAUCCUCCAACUCCACCUCUUUCAACAAUCAAGCGUGUCUGAGCGCCUACGUGUCCGCGCUGCGGCAAGUGUAUGCCCUGAUCCAGAAUCAGCUCACCGCGUCCAAAGUGGAACAGAUUCUCGAACUACUCAACACCACUGUCGAAAAGGCCACGAUGAGUAAUUACAGCUCAGAUAUUGAGCAACCCACUCAGCUUCAAAGCGAAGUUCUUGAUGCGAUUAACAUGAUCCGGACGGAUGUGACUGGCGUACCAUCAGCCGUCAUCGAACAAUUGGCAGUCUUCGUCACGUUGGCUUUCAGCGAUGAACAGACAAACGCAGGACCGGGACCCAGGUGUACUUUCGUUGCCUUGUCCAAGGCCAGCAUGACAAUGAUGGAGACGCUGGUCAUCCAACAUGCAACAGACCCUGACCUUGGUAUCUACACGAGCGGCGCUCUGGCUACCGCGCUUUCCGCGCUCAGGGAGCCUGUUACUCUGAAGUACCAAUUUGGGAUAAAGACAAAGCUCGAGCAGCCAUGGCGACUCGCUACAAAGACGGCUCUCUCCAUUCUCAAUCCAACGCUGAGUCAACUGAGCAAGAUUGACAUUGCCAAGACCAACAGUGACGAGAUAUGGUCAGAGAUUGCCCAACUUGCUGCAGGCAUCAUUCAGGUGGAAGCCAGUGUGUCGGAAAACGAGCCUUCUCUGGCAGAUGAUGAAGUCUUCGAUAUUGAGGCUUUCCACAAGUUACGAGCGCUCAUCGUCCCCCUGUUGGGCACGUCGUCUGUGUCAGAGAACGUGCGCAAGGACUUUGCCCUGAGCCUCUUCAUGGCCUCGACGGUACACCACACCUUGCCGGCCAAAGACUCUUUCGACCAACUAACCAGCGGGAACGACUGCAUGUCAUCACUGUAUACUAUCCCCCCAGGUCGUACUGUAUCGACCAAAUCACAUCCCCGGACCAAAAUGGCUUUCGUUGCGCUGGACGAGUUGUUCAGCCUCGUGACGGUCAGUGACACGACUGGCCCAACGGUUGAGCUCGAGAAUCGCAUUGCUUGCACAGUAGCGCCUUAUCUCCUCGUUCGCUGCGGAAACGCCUUACGGGCAUUCAUCGCCGACCAGCCCUUGCGAGGCCGCAUGCCGCAGCCACUGAGCGAGAAAAAAGAACUGGUCCGGUUAUUGAAAAAGCUCGUGGCACUACGUACCCGGGUCGAUGCGAUUCCGACCCUCGAAAAUGCCGACAGCGACUACCGGAAGCAUCUGCUGCGGCUCUAUCCCCUGCUUAUCAAGUCCAUCGGCGUAAAUCCCGAUGACGAGGUUUCGAGACUACUGAGAGAGGCACUGGAUGUCAUUGGCGGCGAGCUAGGCCUUUAA